AAUAACACAGGACAAUUUGAUUCUGCCUUUAAAGUUAAUUACUGUACAUAUGGAUGUAAUUAUGCAGUCAAUCUUUAUGCUGAACAUAUUAUAGAUAGUAUACAGGAUCCAACAUCACCAUGGUUGGUUGCAGAUUCACUCUCUAAUACAAGUUUACAGCUAAAAUGGGAUUCAGCAAAUAAUGAUAGAAUCACAUAUCUGAUACAGUGGAAAUACCAAGACAUUGCUAGUCUCUGGACAUAUUAUCAAAUGCCUAAGCCGUUAAAUGAGACAUCAAUCAUUAUAUCAGAUCUUCAUCCAUAUAUGACUUAUCUAUUCCGUGUUGUAUGGGUUGUUACUGUCAAACAUACAUUUCCAUCACCAGCAAGUUUUCCAAUCACAACACUGCCCUCUGGAGUGCCUUCACAAUCUCCGAGUGUGAUUGAAUUAACAAGCCCUAGUCAUAGUACAAUAUAUGUAUCAUGGAAGGAAUUAGACUUCACUAAUGGUCCUCUUAUUCACUAUCGAGUGUCAAUCAUAGACGUCUUAGCUGAACAACAUACGCAAUUUAUCAAAGAUAUAUCACCAAAUCUACUGACAUAUACUUUUACUUCACUCAAGUCACAAACUUUAUAUGAGAUUCACUUAUCUGCAGGGAAUGCUGAUGGACAAGGUCCAAUAACUCUUAUUAACAUGACAACUAUGUCACCACCAAAUGAUACAAAUGAAGCUGCAUUACUUGUAGCAUCUGAUGAUAUUUUAUACUCAGCACUAUAUGAACAGUUAUCAGAAUUCCCUAUACCUAUCAAACAAGUUGUCAACAUUCCUGAUGGGAUUAUUCAAGCAAUAUCUGUGCAUUAUUGGAAAGAUCUGUAUUAUGUCUCUGAUAAUGAUGGUAACAUAUAUGUACAUGUAUCCAUGACGAAUGAAACUAACUUCAUCAUUUAUACUGGAUCUGAUAAUAUCACCUCAUUAUCUGUUGAUUGGCUCAACAAUUUACUGUACUUUGUUGAAAGCUAUCAAAUUUUAAGAUGUGAUUUAUUUGGUGAGAAUGUUGAAAUCCUUCCCAUAAAUUUAACUUCUAUCCCAAGUGAUCUUCUUGUUGAUCCACAUAAUGGGUAA